AAUUGUGAGCUAUUUACUUCAUUUGCACAAUUAUGAAUUCGAUCUUCAAGUUUCAAAACACAUGCAAUGAAGAUAGGAUUAGUAGCUUACCUGAUUCAGUACUCUCUCAAAUCCUUUCCCUUCUCCCCACCAAAUUCGUCGUCGCAACUUCCGUUUUAUCCCAUAGAUGGAAGAACCUCUGGCGUUCUGUCACCAAUUUGGAUUUCGCAGAUUCUUUGUUUUUUGAACCUUCCUUUGAGUAUCUAAACCCUAAUCAUAAACUCGGUUUCAUGGAUUAUACAGAUAAUGUUAUGAUUAAUAGGGAUAAUAGCUUAAACAUUGACAAAUUCUAUGUCAGUUGUAGCGGAGAUUGCGAUGUGAAUCGCGUAAACAAAUGGGUGAAUCUCGCGAUUAAACAAAACGUUAUGGAGAUGAUUCUAGAAAUCAAUCUAAGUGAAACUUUUAAUCUUCCUAUAGAAACUUUUGCAUGUGAAACUCUGGCGAUUCUGAAAUUGAAUCAUAGGAUUUUGGUCGACAUUGUUCCUUCUUUUGUUUAUCUACCGAGUCUCAAAAUCCUCCAUUUCCAUGGUGUUGAAUUCAUGCAGUAUGAGUAUGUAGAGAUGAUGGUUAAAGGUUGUCCUCUUCUUGAGGAGUUGAUUCUCAAUAGAUGUAAGUGGAUACAUGGCUGUGUAUUGAGAAUUGUUGGAUUGUCAUUUUUGAAGAAAUUGACCAUAGAUUGGUAUGGGAUGACUGUGAGUGAUCGCGAGAAUGAGGUUGUGGUUGAUGUUCCAUCUCUUGAGUAUCUCGAUUUAAAAGACUACACGUCUGAGAAUUUCACAAUGCUCAACCUUGGAUCAAUUGUUGAUGCUAAUAUCGAUGUUUCCCAGAAAAUCGAUCGGUUUGUUUCUUUCUCUGAAUAUGGUAACCGGAUUUUCGCACUUCUUUGGGCUAUUGCUACUGUUAGGUCACUCUCAUUGUCUCGGGACACCAUGGCGGUUAGUUUCAGACUGAAUCUAGCUCUUAGCUAUGCAUACAAGAACAUAUUCCCAACAUUUGCAAACUUGACCAGAUUAGACCUAUGUGUUGAUGGAUGGUCAGGAUGGUCUGUGUUACCUGGAUUACUAGCAAGCUCGCCUAUUCUCGAAACUCUUAUUUUUUCAGAGGGGCUUGUCCAGAAUUUCCAUUUCCAUCUUGGAGUUUUCCGGUUCAAUUGGAGUCCACCCGAAAAUGUCCCCAGUUGUUUACUAUUUCAUCUCAAGGAAAUUGAGAUUAAGGAUUUCAGAGGGCUACCUGAUGAGUUAAUUCUUAUCAAGUAUUUACUGAAAAAUGCACUAGUAUUGGAGAAGAUGUUGAUCGAGUGUCAUUUACUGGAAGAUGAUGAUAAUAUCACAGAGAAACUUCAGAAAUUUGGCAAGGGCUCAGAUUCAUGCCAUAUUGUACUCGUCUUCUGA